AAGAUUUUCGUUAUACAUGUCAUAUGUGUUAGACUUAUUCAAGGUUCUUGCUACUGUGUAUUUGACUGUAAUAACGGAAUAAUCCAUACAUCUGACAUCUGCAAACGAGGUGUCUGUUUCCUAAGAUGGAUUAUCGUUCUAUAUUGAUCAUCGUCUCUGUCUUGGCCAGUGUUUCUAGCUCUUUCGGAUCACAAGUUAUAACGACGUCUUUUGGGAAGACUGCAACUCUACAAUGUCAGAUUGAAAACCUGGACUCUGAUCUGCAGUCUCUUUACUGGAGGAGAGAUGGGACAACAAUCUAUUCCCGAACAAGCAAUGGGGAGAAUUCUAAUGGGAAGUACCUGGUCGUUGACACUGCGUCUCUCGUCAUACCUAAUGUCACGGAGAGCGACGCUGGAAACUAUUCCUGUAAAGUGGUUUUUCAGCAGUCCUUUGCAACUGACGAGAGUGAUGUCAUGCAGCUUUACGUGAUAGGCGUAUCUGUGAGCCACUGCAAAGACACUGGGCAGGAGGUGGAUGGUUGUAGCUGUUCCAUCAAUGGUUCAAACAUUACAUCAUUGCAGUGUUCUGCGUCAGGUUUUCCUCAUCCAGUUAUCACCUGGGAGGAGGUCCAGGAGGAUAUAGUCAUCUACCACUCCUCAUCUGUUGACUUGUCAAGGUUUAGUGAAAACAUCACUCUCACCUGCAAGGCAAGGGAUACGAAUCUGAAGGGUGCCGUGGAAAAUAAAGCCGUAUGCGUCUACUAUACGCGUGAAGCAACGUCGACUGGUAGACCCCCAGUAGAAACAACUACAGCAUCUGUAAAUGAUCGAGCACGUUUUGCAGCUAUUAUAGUAUUAUCCAUCAUUCUGAUCCUCGUGUUAAUAGCAGUUUGCUUAGUAGCUGCGUAUAGACGCAAAAAAAGGAAAGGUUUCUGUUUAGCACCAAAUCUCACGUGGAAGUCAACGGUAAUGAACAGCUGUGGAUAUAAUGCAGGAAAAGUCGUUGUUUCGAAGGAUAGCUGGAAAAAUUCCACAGGAAGCAGUGUAGGAGGGCUGGAUACAUCACGACCAGUGAUUGAAUCCACCGAUGGUGGAAUUGAUGAUAAUGACGUUUCCCCAAAGCCCUGCAAUCAAGACAUUGUGCUGGGCGAUGAGCAACAGUUUCCAUUGAUUGGAGUAGGACAAGUCCUUCUUGAUGAUCUACGCUCCGCGCCAGAAGAAAUCAAGGAAUCCAUUAAGGCUGCCGUCGUAGCAUUGGUAGAUAAACGUGUCGAACCUUACAAGAAUCACCAGUCACCCGUGGAUCCCAAUGUUACCAUCCAAUCUUCAUUCAUAGACAUGAACGGGACUUUUCAGAAGAGCAUGACGACUGAAGGCUUAAGCGAUCCCGAUGCUCCAUUCGUAUAUAUGGUUCUUCAAGACCUUAAUGGGAUUCUUGAUGAAAGAGACAGAGACGAGUGUGAGAUCCUGAUCACCAUGCCUGCCUUCCAGGAAGUGACAGAUGAAUCUCAAAUACCAGCCUAUCAAGGAAAUAGAGUUAUCCAGUCGUCUCUUCUCAUGCAAUCAAACAUGACGUCAUCAAUGACCAGCAGUAUGGUGGCAGGUAACCCUUUGUCUACUGUCUUACGUAAGGAACUAGUGAAGAAGCCAUCCGAGAGAGCUGCGAUACGCAACGCUAUUUCACAAAUCAUUCUGGAUUUUCUGAAGGCAGGACACUCUGGACCAAAGGUCAACAAUAAUUUGAACUGCAGUACUGCUAUGCUGCUGGGUACUAAUGUUUCAUCGUAUGCACAUGACGUCGUAGACGACGAGGUUUCCCGACUUGUUGCUUUCUGGACCAGUAAGACUGUCAAGCUAGACAAUAGAGUUAACAAUCGCAUCAAGAAGUAUUUAUUCCCUCUCAAACCAAGAAAUAUCAACAAGAGUUCAGAUUCAGUUCUACAAACUCGGCAAGAAGAGGACGAGAUUCCAGACACUCCACCGACAGCAAAGCUUCUUGAAGAGAAAUGCGGAGACAGCGGAUAUUCUAAUAACUACUAGUCUAGCACCUGAUUUCAUGUCAAACUAUUAAAGGGGAAGUCCACCUAAAAUCUUGGUAAAUUCAAUAAAAGCACAAAAAGUCGAGAAACAGUUCGGGCAAUGUUUGAGCAAAACCUGAUAAACAUGGAAGUUAUUAAUUGUUGAAGUCGCAAUCAAUUAUUAAUGAAUACAGGUAAGGAUUAAUGAAGUGAUAACUAUUGAAUUUUGAGGAGUUUGCUUUUUUUCAUAUUUUGUAUAUACAUAAACUCGAAUGGUAAUUAUUGACAAGAAAGUUUGGUCCAAACUCAGCUGUUUCUCGUCAUAUCUUAAAUGUGAGAGCAUUUGAAGAGCAAUCUUUUGGAAUGUUAUACUUUGAUUUAUGUAGAAUGUAAAAAGUUUAAUAAUUACUAUUUGUUAUCUAUCAGAACGCAAAUUUGUCUCUAUAUAAUUCUGCAGAAAUGAAUAGGAGACAUUUUUAGUAAAAUAAUAAAACGUCACGUAGGAAUGUUGCGAUUUUGAAAUAACCUGAGGUCACAAUUGAUAUGGAGGCGCGAAGGCAAAUUUGGUAGAGCAGUGGUCUCGUAUUCCGGUGACCCGGGUUCGAAA